UGAAUAAGCAAGGUUGUAUAAUUCCUUUCAUUAAAAUGUUGUCUUUUUUAUUACAAUCUCAAGAAAUUAAUGACUUCACAGCAGUAAAUAAGGACACAAACCAUAUGAAAAUUGGAAUAUAUUGUGACGACCUUGGAAUAACAAAUCCUUUAGGAAAGGCGCGUAAAAAGCAAAAAAUGCUUGUUUUUUACUUUCAGAUUUUAAACAUCCCUUCAUUGUAUCGCGGUAGAAUGUCUACUAUCUUUCCGUUAAUUUUUACUCUUACUAAAUGGGAAAAAGAUAAAAAUUUUUACAGCAUUCUUUUUAGUGAUUUUAUUUCUUCGAUAAGCCAGCUGGAAAAUGGAAUUGUUAUUAAAGUUAUGGGUAUUUCUAAAAAAAUUACAGCUGAAGUGGUAUACUUCUCAGGUGACUCUCUUUCUGCAAAUGCGAUUGGAGGUUUUAAAGAAGGCUUUAGUGCAAAGACAUUUCGCUGUUGCAGAAGUUGUAACUCAACCAGACAACAAAUGAAAGAUUUUUCUAACCAUGAAGAAUGCUCCCCUUUUUUUAUCUGAUUUAAAAGCAUUAAUUCAAGAUCAUCAUCGCUUAUUUUUGUGUUUGUAUCCUAAUAAAUUCAUUCCAAAGUUACACUUCCUUAUUCACUACCCUGCUCAAGCUAAACAGUUUGGGGCUCUACGGGAACAUAUGUGUAUGGCUUAUGAAAGAAAACAUCAAGUUGUGAAGAAUUUUCGACACUUCAACUUCAAGAACAUUCCAUAUUCAGCAUGUAAAACGAUGAUUAUUAAUACAGCAAGCAAUUUUUUUUAAUGCAGCUGGAAAAAGACGGGGUGAUGUGUAUGGACAAGUGGACGAGUUAAAGUUUAAGAAAGGAUCUAUUAUUUCUGUUAAGGUAAAUGGUAUAAUUUACAAGAUUGGU